UCUGAUAUUUGUGAUAUACGCAUGUGGGUAAGUAAAUAAAGUACGAGUUAGUCUCAGCCCGAACUUGGUGUUUGAUUUACAUCCUUAACAUGGCGCAGCCGAAAUAAAAGAAUCAACAUAGAAUUUUUUUUAAGUAAUUUGUGUUUUACGGUUCACGUAGUUAGCUGUGUGUAUACGUGCUGUAGAAGAUACGAUUUCGUGACAAUUUGUGAAAAUACUCGUGUGAACUUUCAUCAUGGACUCGAUUUUGCCACCACCGCCGCCAUUUUCGUUCGUUAAUAGUUUAGAAAAUGUUACGACGGGAAAUUUAUCAAAAGAGUGGGAAAAAUGGAAGAACGCAUUUCUCAUUUAUUAUGAAGCGUGUGAGCUGUCGAAGAAAGACAAGAAAGUGCAAUUAAGCAUCCUUUUACAUAUCAUCGGCGAGCAGUGCCGAGAAGUGUACGAGCAAUUUGAUAAAUCGUCGAUAACGACAUCAACGGAAUUAUUGGCUAAGUUUGACUCAUUUUUCCUGCCUCAAAAGAAUCUAACUAUUGAACGGCACAGAUUUUUUACUCGCGAUCAAAAGGAAGGCGAGUCUAUCGAACAAUACUCGUUCGAGUUAAAAAAAUUGGCGAGUUCGUGUGAAUUUAAAGACCUAGUGGAGACGUUAAUUCGGGACAGACUUAUUUGUGGAAUAAAGGACCAGGCGAUUCGGGAAAGACUACUACGGGAACCAGAGUUAACUUUGAAAAAAUCAUUAGAUAUUUGUAAUGUUGCGCAAAUUUCGAAGGUACAGGCCGGAGCCAUAAAAAAAGAAUCUGUGGAGCAUCAUGCCUAUGCGGUACAACGAGAUUAUUUUGGGCAUCACGGAGUAGUGCGGGAAACGGUUUGUGAAGACAGUAGUGAUGUAAAUCGCGUAAUGUGGGUAUCUCGGCGAGGAGCGCCCGCGCAUCGAGGAGCAACGCGCGGGUGGCCCCGCGGUCGUAAGCAGCUAUCGCGUCCUCGUGCGUUCCCCGCUCACCCACCCGCGCCCGCGCCCGCGCCCGCGCCAGUGCAGCGCUGGGAUCCACCGAUGCAACGAAAUCAGCUGACGCACAAACACGGUCGUGGUAACGGAAUUAUUGCAAAGGUUGAGGGCCCGACAGACUGGGUCAACAGCAUGACAGUCGCUAGAAAGGCCAACGGGGACAUUAGGAUUUGCUUGGAUCCACGUGAUUUAAAUUUAGCAAUCAAGCGCGAGCAUUUUAAACUGCCUACUUUGGACGAAAUUACAGCUAACCUAGGUGGAUCCAACCUGCAGUCUAUUAAUCACAUCAUCUACGACUGCCCCAAGAGGAAAUAUACCGGAGGUUCCCUGGACCUGCUCUGCCCUGAUGUGAACGCAGCCCAAUGGGUGAAGAAACUAGAUGUUAAACUAUAG